AUGAUUAGACAUUUCGAAAUUUUUACAGUUGAGCGUCGUCUGGUUCAACAUUCUUCACUUUCUCUUCUAAAAGAUUCUCGUCUUGGAAUUGAGGGUACACAUUGGCUUAGGAAACUUUUGCAAACUUCUGCAAAGGAAUCUGCGACUACUGCAUUAGGCGGAAUACCAAUUGGAUUAAGAUCAGCAAUAGAAAAAGAAUUAGAAUUAUUCAAAUCAUACGGAAUUACGCCAGUUUUUGUGUUUAAUGGACUUAAUAUAAUUCGAAAAGAUAAACCAUUCUCAACGGAGGAUACAAGACCCUCGAAACGUGUUCUAGCUUGGGAAUCUUAUGAGAAGGGUCGAGUGGAACAAGCCUACAGUAGCUGGGCAGGAGCAGUGUCUGGGUUCGUGCAUCAACCAGACUUGUUAUAUCUUGUUUUCAGUAUUUUGAAGGAGAAUGAUGUGGAAUUUAUGCGUGCUCCUUAUUUGGCUUGGGGACAGUUAGUGUAUUUAGAACGUCAUCAAAAAGGAUUCAUCCACGCAAUCUACGGUGGAUCUGAAUUAUUGAUGUAUGAUAUUGACAAAGUUAUCAUAAACUUGGAUUUAGAGAAAGGUACAUACUCUUGGCUCAACAAGAAAUCAAUUUUGAAUGACCUUGAUAUAACAGACGAACAAUUUCUUGAUGUUUGUAUUCUUGCGGGCUUUGAACAUUGUAUCACCUUCCCGCCUCUUAGUUCUGAUUAUAGCGGCUUCACCUUUAAAAGUGUUCAUGAUUUAAUUAAGCAAUAUCGUACUGGAUUCAAUGCUGUUCAAAGCUAUUGUAAUCACGCGGGAGUGACCAAACACAAUUACGCGGAAGCAUAUUGUCGCACCAGGUGUGCCAUAAAAUAUCAUAUGGUGUUGACAGAUGAGGGAAAGGUUGAACCAUUGAACCUCGAAAACGCACCAAGUGAUAUUCAUGAUGUUAUUGGGUAUCGUUUACCUGAUGAAGUAUACUAUUAUUUAUCCAAGGGUUUAAUGUCACCUCAGGUUAUUAACACUUUAAUUUCUGGAGUCCUGAUCGAAAAUUCGCCUUUGUGCAAUGGAGAAACGAUAGAGUAUAGAAAUUUCCUUGGUCAAUUACUUGAGCUCCGAACACAAGCCAUGGGUUUGCUCACACAGCCUUUGCACCAGUUUUAUCAAUCUAGGCGAGUUGUUAGUGUUUAUUGGUUUGAACCAAGUAAUGAACACCAUUUAAACCAUGGUGCACAGCCAAGCGUACAUGAAACUUUAAAUACUUGGAAUGUUUUGGAAAGAGGGUUGGAGGAAGAGAAAAAGGCGCAAAAAACAUCCGUUAUCGAUAUUGCUUUCUGUUUAAAAGCAACAGCUACAGAUGACCAGGCUGCAAAAACUGUUAUGCCAAAAAACAAUGAUAAAAUUAUUGAAUCUAAAGAUGAAAUUUUGGCUAAUGUGUUGUGGAAACUUUUAGACCUAAGAAGGCAAGUUUUAUUAUACGUGCUAUUCUUCUUGACUUUAUCACAUACGCAUACUCCGUGGGGUAUUGCAUUUAAAAAGGCUCUCGUUACAUCCAAGCAUAACGUGGGGUCACAUCAUGAACAAUUAUUCUCUGCUUUAGAAUUAAUACGUUUCGGAUACUUGAAUGGUAAUAAUUUUAGCAGAACUUAUUAUACACCAUCAAAUGUUAGCGAUGAGGAAAAAAGACAUAUCCUCCUUAUUUCAAGGACUCUUAGUUUAAUUCCUGCAAACUUCAAGGGAGUUUCUUGGAAUGGUCCACUUAGUCGAGAGCUUUUAGCUUUUAAUAGCUUUGUGAGAGCAUUGAAUCGUUCUUUGCGAAAUUUGUGUGAAAUGUUAACUUUAUCAAUGUUUCUAAAUGGGGAUUGUGUUAAAGAUAGACAGGAUUUCCUUGAAAUCUCUUUAAGUUUACCAUUCUUGUAUGAUGCCAAUACAGGACUGGGAAUAAUCGCUAAAACGUACCUUGAAAAUGUGAUUACUUUAUCAAAAGACAAUGCUAUAUCUGAAGCGUUAAAGAAACUCGAUGAAACUUUUACGGGAUGCAUAAAUGUUUUUAUCGCUAUAAAUUCUCUCAAAGCUAGUGGGGCUAUUUCGAAUGAAACUGCAUCACAAUUUAUAAACACGAACAAUUGGUUAUCUUCUCGAAGACCAUAA